AUGACUUGUAUGAUGGUAGCCUUCUUCUGUACUGUGAUGCUGACUCUCCAGGUUCUGAACAGUACGGUAUGCCCUCGUUUGUCGAAGAAGAGGAUACCAAAGGCCUGCAAUGCAGUCGAGGUUUCCAAGGGGUUGGUCACCUCUUAG